AUCGGCUCCAGUCGCUUGACAACUGCGUGGAGGUUCGGAGCCCGGAGCAGCGAUGUGGAGUCUCACCGCGGAGGACUGAGCGCUUCCACACUCUUCUAAACCGAGACAUGAAUGCGAGUGUGUGUGUGGAGGAAACAUGCAGGAUGUUCCGUGGCCUGCGUUGAUUGGACCCCCCGGUGCCAGGCCACCCCAUGCCCGACAGUAACCCAGAGGACGACCUCUCACCUCCUCAAGCACAGCCUCUCCUGGCCAGCGGCCAUUUGUCUUGAUGAGGGCCCCUGCCGUCGGUGAUGUGAUGAACAAGUUUGAGGUGCUUGGCAUCGUUGGGGAAGGAGCAUAUGGGGUCGUGCUCAAGUGCAGGCACAAGGAGACUAAUGAAAUCGUGGCCAUUAAGAAGUUCAAGGACAGCGAAGAGAAUGAGGAGGUGAAGGAAACGACGCUGCGGGAGCUGAAGAUGCUCCGCACGCUGAAGCAGGAGAACAUCGUGGAGCUGAAGGAGGCGUUCCGGCGCCGGGGGAAACUCUACCUGGUGUUUGAGUAUGUGGAAAAGAACAUGCUGGAGCUGCUGGAAGAGCUACCUAACGGAGCGCCGCCUGACAAAGUGCGAAACUACAUCUACCAGCUAAUCAAAGCCAUCCACUGGUGCCAUAAGAAUGACAUCGUGCACAGGGACAUUAAACCAGAGAACCUCCUCAUCAGCUCUGAGGACGUGCUCAAGCUCUGUGACUUUGGUUUUGCCCGUGACCUAUCUGAAGGAACUGAUGCUAACUACACUGAGUAUGUGGCCACCAGGUGGUACCGCUCUCCUGAACUACUGCUGGGAGCUCCGUAUGGGAAAGCAGUGGACAUGUGGUCAGUGGGGUGUAUUCUGGGCGAGCUGAGCGAUGGGCAGCCGUUGUUUCCGGGCGAGAGUGAGAUAGAUCAGCUCUUCACCAUCCAGAAAGUCCUGGGACCCCUCCCUCCAGAGCAGAUGAAGCUUUUCUACAACAACCCCCGCUUCCACGGACUACGGUUCCCCACAGUGAGCCACCCGCAGACUCUGGAGAGGAGAUACCUCGGCAUCAUCAACGGCCCCAUGCUGGACCUAAUGAAGAACCUGCUGCUUUUAAACCCAAAUGAGCGUUUUCUGACGGAACAGAGCCUGAAUCACCCCGUUUUCCAGACGCAGUGCCACACGGACCGCACUGGCCCACCCACCCCUACACCCAUCCGCUCCUCCAAGAGAAAACCCCACCAUGACAAUGCCGCCCUCAGCAGGAGUCACGGUAGUAAGAGCUCAGGGCACCAUCGUUCUAACAGCCGGGACUGUUCGAGCCUGCCGCGUCACGGUCAUGACGACCUGCUCCCGCCAAGCACUGAGGCCUUCCUGAAUGGCGCUGGGCCAGGCUCCAGUAGCCUGAGUCCCACGCUGCACCCUAAAUCCUACCAGCCACCCCAGCCCCUCAACCGCUCGGCGUCAUGUGGGAAAGACCUAUCCAACCUGCCACAUGCCGGCCUCAGCCCCAAGAAGGCCAAAGCCAAAGCAGCCGACUUUGACUUUGGCAAGCCCUCGGAUGGCCCCGGUGCCAAAUACCUCAAAUCCAAUGCCUCUCGCCACUCCCAGAACCGCCACUCCUUUGUAGAGGGCAAGACCAACACGCUGCAGGGGGAGCGGGAGAAGCAGGGCCGCCAUGGCUACGGCGAGUCCUCGGGUGGAAAGGGCUCUUCAUCAUUUCUGAGCCUGUCCAAGAGCCAUGGGACACUGAGCGAUGCCAAAUCCGUCAGCAACCUGAGUGACCCACGCCUGCUUCAGGAUGAGCUACCCCUACCUUCGUCCCGCUACUUCCCCUCCAGCUGCCUGGACCUGAACGUCAACCUGAACCUGCCAGCACCGGGCAGCCCCAACCUGCGGCACAGCCCCUCAGCCGGAGGCCGGACCAAGCCAGACACCUCGCUCCGCCGCUCCUCGUCACGCCACAAGAGCCAGCAGCAGGACGAGGCCAAAGCCACAGACCCCUUAGACCCUGGAGGGGGAGGAGGCGGAGGAGGACUUUCAGCUGCCCAUGACUUCCCCUACGGCCUGGGCUACACCAGCCCCUUCUCGUCCCAGCAGCGGCCACACAGGCACUCCAUGUACGUGCGGCGCGAGCGAGGGCGGCCUCAUGGAGGGGACACGAGCGGCCUGGCUGUGGGACAGGGGUUGCCCACUCGUGCCAGCAGCCUCCAAAUGCUCUCGCCACAGCUGCAGCACCGCACGCUACCCAGACAUGUAGGCAGCUCUGCUCCCCGAGACGAGGCCCCUGAGGAGAUCAGGGCAACCAUAUAUCAUGAGCAGCAUCCAGAGGACGGGGGAUCGUCCAAGGAGAACCGCAUGAUCUACAGCGAGUCUAUGCCCCGCAGGGUCGGCAGCUUCUACAGAGUGCCCUCUCCUAGACCAGAUAACGCUUUCCAUGAGGGCAGCGGGCAGAGCUCAGGGAUGAACAUGGAGAGCAGCAGUCACACCAAACGCCAGCCCACUUAUGACCCCUGGACGGGGCCUGAGCCGCUGGAUUUGAGUCCGCCAGAGCCAGCCAAAGAGAAGGAGAAGCAAGGCUUCUUCAGAGCAAUAAAGAAGAAAAAGAAGAAAUCUCAGACGGUGGAUGCUGGAGAAGGCAGAAGUCCUGUGAUCAAGAAAUGUCUUUUCCCUCUGUUUAACUCAAAGACUAGCUUUAAACGUAACUCCUCUGAGAGAGUACCUCCCCUAGUGGCCUCACCGAUGGUCCUCAAUGAAGGCCCAGAUCAGGUGGUGAUGCAGAAGUCAUCCAGGUCGUUCGGUCACCAGGGCAGCAGCAGGCACCGGACACGCAGCAGAGACCGCGAGAGGAGCCGGGACAGAGAGCAGGAACGAGAACGAGACAGCGAGUGGCCAGCCGAGAGGAUAUCUGAAGCCCACUCUCAGAACCAGCCGCUGAAGUCUCUUCGCAAGCUCCUUCAUCUCUCCUCAUCCUCCUCCAACCAACCUGCCACCCCAGACCUGCGUUUCCCCCACUCUAACCCAGGUUCCUCUAAAGGGGGGAGCUUUGUGGAGUCCCGGGGUCAUGUGGGAGGGGGAGGGGGGUCGAGCCAGGCCAAAUCCCGUCAGUACCCUCUCCCAGGUCAACUGGAGUCCACGUGGCACUCGGCAGCUCUGGCCCGGGCCGAGGGAAACCCAUACCCAGACCAGCUGGCCUCCAAAGCAGGCCAGAACGGACAUGGAUUCGGCCGCCCAUCUCGAUCACGGAUGCCAAACCUCAACGACCUGAAAGAGACCGCUCUUUAAGCUGAGGGAGCGCAGAAAGCUCUUGAACCACAACGCCGCUCAGAGGCCUGGAGGAUUAGAGAGUGAGGGACACUGUUCUUGACCUCUCUUGAAUGCUAAGGGUAGGCCUGGACAUGUCUUAAUUUUUUUUUAAUCUUCCAUAUUUAAUAGAAUUUGUAAUAUUAUUUAUGGACUUACUGUAUUUUUUGUUAUUGGAUAAAUAUAAUUUCAAUGAAAAUAUACAUAUAUAUAUAUGUUUAUGUAAGCAUAAGAUGUAUAAUUAUUCUAGUUAUAAUACAUUAUUCUGCAUAUAAUUCUUAUAUUUGGUUAAGGAUGUUGAAUGGUUUGUGUAUGAAAUAUAUAAGUUUAUAAGAAGAGUAUCAUAAUAACAAACGCUGCAACUUUUUGUGUUACAUUUAUUUUUAAACAUUGGGUUAAACAUAGGAGCUAAGAGCCAGAUCUAAUAAUAGACUGACGUUUAUCACUUGUUAGCUAAUAAAAUGCAACAGGCAACAUGUCUGAAAGCUUUUAAAGGACAAGCCAGAGUAAAGUUCAGUAAUUCUGACUCCUACCAAAUCCUGCAGCGUCAUACCACCACCUGCUGGCCGCAGUCGUUCACUGCAUACUGUACACAUCAAAAGUUUGCAUAAGUUUUAAACAAAAAAGCUUGUUCAUAUGUGUAAAAGCCAGACUCCAUUUGUAUAUUCUCAGGUUUAGUGUUAUUUAAACACUGUAAAUACUAUUUUAUUGCAAUAUUUUGAGACCAACACAGGAAAAAUUAGUUUUUAAACUCCUUUCUCUUUAGAGAUAUAGUCUGAAUAUAUGAUUGUGUGGAGGAAAGUAGGUUCAAUAAUCAGCUUACUGCAAUAUGUAAACAAUAAAUAAAUAAAUAGCCACCACAUCAUCAAAGUAAAGCAGACUUUCUUUGAAUAAGGCAAAAAUAUUUCAGUAAAUACUACUAUUGACUUGAGUGGUAGUAAGUAGUUACACAAGAUGUCAAAAGCCAAGAAGAUCUGUAAAUAGCACAGAAAUUGUGAAAUAUGCAUCCGAAAAUAAACUCUUUAAAGUGAGAGUUUGCAGGCUAAUUAGCUGGAUUUGGACUAAUUGCUUCACUAUUGUAAAUAUAUUAGGUUUAGUUUGUAUGGCAUUAACACCAGCAUCACACUACAUACAUCAGGAGUUCCUCAAACGCCAGAGACCCAGAGAGUUUCACAGCCUGCUUACUGACACACUUUUACUCCAUCACGAAUCUAUAGCCUUAACUCCUGUGUUUCUCAGAACAAAAUAAGAGCUCUACGCAAUGUUGUCAAAUGACUUCGGUUUUCUUAGGCUCUGGCUUUACACACUGAAACUUUUUUUGCAACUUUAGUUGCUUGAAAUUUGCAUAAAAUCUCAGUUGGGUUGCAUAAUGUAAAAUGUCCUAAAGCUCAGCUGCAACAGCUCUAAGUGUCUCAACUUCAUGGACCUAAUUUCAUGAAAUAGUCAGUCAAAAUGCCAGUAAUGUGACCAAAUUGAAUGACAUACUUUUAAACCACGGAUUUCACCGGGUCAGUGGACAAGAAAAUAAAACAGAGGUUAAUCUUACCAGUGGCGCCAACUAUUGCUAAUAGUGUCUAUUUGUGCCACGAUUUGUUCUUCUAGCAUGCUUUUAUUGUGAUUUAAGUAGCUAGAGUCAUUCUUCUCUUUUGACACCUCCUAAUUUUACACAGAGUUUAGAUUAAUUGAGAUCCAAAUGAUGAAAAUUACUACAGAGACCAAGACGGCUAAUUAAUUUCCAAAGGUUUAACUUUAUAGAGAGAACAAUAUAGUGCAUCAAAAAAUACAAGCUGCUGUUUUGGCUAAUCAGUGGAGUAACUGAAUGUGUUGCAUGCAACUUUGAGUGUUUUUGAAUUGAUUUGUGUAACUGUCAAGUUGCAUGAAAAUCAUGUUGCAGGCAACUCACAACGUGCAGGUAGUUGCAUGAAAGUUUUACCAUGUAAAACCAGCCUUAGGUUGGCUUUACACUGAAAUUUUCAUUAAACCUUAGUAGCUUGAAAUUUAUAACUACUAAAUUUACCUGUGUCGCAUAGUAUAUAGCAUCCUGCAACUCAGUUGUAACAGUUGCGCUCCUCUCAGCUUCAUGAAAUAAGUUUCAUAAAACAGCUGUUCAGGCCACAUCAUGUGAUCAUGUUGAACAACAUUUUAAACGAUAGAUUUACAGAAGAGAGGGCUGAAACACGCGGGUCGAUGAACCUGCCAUGCAUCUAGGACAGGAAGAGCAAGGCAUCAAUCAUAAUCAUAACUUAAUGGAUAAUUAAUUAUUCAUUUUUAAAGGCUUAACAUGCACAGAACAGAUUAAAAUGAUCAAAUAUAGAUAUUUUCUGGCAUUUUAAACAAUCUCAAUGACUGGAAAAAACAGCAACAAAGUUGAUGCAAAUAUGCAAAUGUAAAUAACACGUCACGGAUCGCUUUCUAUAUAUCGAGAACGAUAUCACAUAUCAAAAAUACAAACUAGUGGAGUAAUCAAACGUGUUGCGUGUGACUGAUUUCUUUUAAGUUGCUGUGUGUAAUUGCCAAUUUGCACCAAAGUAUGUUGCAUGCAACUAGUUGCAUGAAAGUUUCACUGUGUAAAGCCAGCCUUAAAGUGUUUUUCAACCUAACGUUUGCCUGUAUAUGUGAUUUGUAUGCCAUGGACAAUAAUUUUAAUGCUUAGUAAAGGGUAUUUCUUACAAUUUCUUACUCUUACAGUUGAAGCCAAUGAGCAGGUACUGAAGCAACUUCUAUUGUAGAGCUGGCAGUAUACUUUAAUUAAUUUUAAUUAAAACAAUGUCUUUUUAGGCCAAACAACACAGUCACUGUGUAGUUUGGUCUGAGGCCUCCCACUGUCUGUGAUUGGUCCUAAUCACUGCAUUAUUCAUUCUGGAACCUCCCCAGACCAUGAUUGGUCCUAAUCCCCAUGUCAUUCGUUCUGAAACCUCCUUUGAUGUCAGUGGGUCCCAUGCAUAAAGUGGAGUUCUAGUGCACUUCUUUAAGCUUACUUACAACAUACUUAUGACAAGUGUUCAGCAGUAGUUCGGCGAUACUUCGAUUGCAUUUCAUUCUUUCAUCAUUUAAAGUGUACUGCUGGCUUGAUUUUGAGUAUACACUGACUGGCCGCUUAAGGACACCUCCUUGUCUCACACUCUUUGUCCAUUUUAUCGGCUCUACUUACCACGCAGGUGCACUUUGUAGUUCUUCAGUUACGGACUGUAGUCCAUCUGUUUCUCUGCAUACUUUGU